UGUCCACGUCCCCGUGGUGUCCGAGUCCUACCGGCUGCGCUGGGUUACGCGCCUUUGCUUUAGAAAAAAAACACACACAGAAGGAAAACUUCAUAGAAAUGGCGGAGGGUGCUUCGACUCUCAAGGGCUUGAGAGCCCAAAUGGCUGCAGCUGCACAGGCACAAGCCGAGGAAAGGCGCAGCUUGGCGGGAAACAGCCCAGGACCUACAAAUAACACACCAGCUAAACCUCAGGGGUGCAGGCCAGUACUUGACGGUGCCACACUUAGAACAGACGACAGACUGCGGGUGGCAAAAGAGAGACGUGAGGAGGCAGAGAGACAACAGGCUUUACGAGAAUCUCAGAUCAUGGAGCGGGAGCGCAAGGCCAAGCUGCAAGUGGAGCGUCAGAUGGAAGAGCGUCAGAAAAAGGUUGAGGAACAGCGAAGGAAGGAGGAGCAGAAAAGAUUGGCUGUGGAGCAGAAGAGGAAGCAGAAACAGGAAGAAGAAAAGGAGCACUAUGAGGCAGUGAUGAGGCGGACGUUGGAGCGUAGUCAGCAAGUCGAGCAGAGGCAGAAAAGAUGGUCUUGGGGAGGACUGUCCACAGACUCAGAUGGACGAACAGGAGAUUCUGAUGCCAGUGCCUCAUCUCCAGUAACUAUAGUUAUCUCCUCUCCCUCACCAGAAAAGCCACCAAGGAGUCAUCAAGUGGACAAGCGCUCCACAUCCACCACAAACCUGAAACAGCCGCCUGAGGCUGGCAUGAGCAAACGCCUAUCCUCCUCAUCUGCCACCCUCCUCAAAUCACCUGACAAACGUGUUAAGCCAAGGAGUUCAUCUUGUAACCGGUUACCUAGCAAUGCCAAUGCUGAUCAGGCCAGUAAGGAAGACGACAAAAAGCUUCAGGUGGAACAGACAGGCCGUUCUGUGAAGAAGAGAAGUUCCUCCCUUACGCGAGUAAGUCUGGGCAGAGCACAGACCCCUGCAAAGCCUGAUAAGGGGACAACGGAUGAUCAAGCUCGCAGGCCACUGGCCACUACUGUGGAUGGAGGGGUCCUUAGUCGCCUGCUCACACCCACCCAGGCCUCACUAGCUAGGAGCAAGAGCGCUGCCGCCCUGUCCGCUGAAGGAACAGAUGCCCCAGAGUGUCACCUGUGUCCUCGCUCAGCCUCUGCCAGCCCAUUGCACCCACCCCGUGGUCCAGUGCGCAGCCGCAGCAGCGACCGACAGAAGAGCAGCAUGACCACAUCUGUGUCAGCCGAUGGAGCCCUGGACCCUUCGAUGAAAGAUAAGAAGUUAACAUCACCUGUGGGGCAACGUCCUGCCUCCCCAUCCACUCCAGGUCGGCACCGUUCGCCAUCGCCUGCCCCCAGUCCAGGUCCAAAGAGGACUCCUUCGCCUUCAGCACCCAAGCAAAGCCCUAAGAUGCGCCCAGCCUCUCCAGGCGCAAUGAAACAACGCCCACCGUCUCCUCAGCCUGCAUCAACCAAACCCCCACCCAUCCAGAAGCCUCUCGCUCCAGCAGGACCACCAACCUUACGAAAGAGGAACUCCAAGUCCAAAGAUCUAUGUCCUGUUCAAGCUGUGGCUCAACAGUCCUCUGAUUCCAGCAAGACCAAAGACAAAGAUGACUCAAAGGCUACGUCAGGCACCAACUCGGCUGCUGAGGCCGCCAAGAUCCUGGCAGAAAACCGUAGACUGAUGCGAGAGCAGAAAGAGAGAGAGGAGAAGCUUAGGCUACAGAAGGAGGAAGAGGAGAGGUUGAGAAAAGAAGAAGAGGCACGAUUAGCAGAAGAGGCUCGAUUGAAACGUCUGGAGGAGGAAAAGCAGCUUGCAGAGGAGAGAAAACUUAGGGAAGAGGAAGAGGCUCGCCUAGCAGAGGAGGAACGGAUUAGGCUGGCAGAGGAGGAAGCACAAAGGCAGGCUGAGCUCCAAAGGGAACGCGAGGAGGCCGAGGCCAAAGCCCAGGAGGAGGCAGAAAGAGUUCGUCAGGAGAGAGACCGCAUUAUGCAGCAGAACCAACAGGAGCGUAUGGAGAGGAAGAAGAGAAUUGAAGAAAUAAUGAAGAGAACUAGAAAAGGGGACCAAAAUGAUUCAAAGAGAGAUGAUGAUAAAUGCACACAGGAGAAUGAAGAUGAGGAAAUGGACCAGAUAAACUAUGAAACUAAAAUAACAGAGAUUGACAAAGAUGAGAGCUGUCUGUCCUCCGGUGAGCCUGCAACAGAGCGAGAAGAGCCUCUGGGCCACACGGACGAGACAUCAGAGACAGACAAGGAGAAUAACAAUGGCACAAGCACAGAUGAGACUCAGGCAGAAAGUCCAGUACCUGAGGGUCGCCUUGUCGAGGGUUCUGAGUUCACGAAUGAGCAAGACUCUACCAAGUUGGUCUCCACAGUCAAUGGAAAAUCCAACCAAUGGAGCUUUGAGGAGCUCAUUGACCUUAACGGCCACUCCAAGUCUCGACCCCUCCUUGAGGCGGGGGACUGUAACAAUGUCUUGAUCAAUUGUGACGGGAGCUCAGAUGGAACCAGAGUAGCCUUUGAAGACAAUGAAACCCCCAUCAGCACGCUGCAUUCCUCCAGUCAACCCAUAGAAGCCCUGCCAGAGAUUUGACGUCUGCGGCGUCGCUGAGAAGCCUCUUAUUGCUGCACUCCUAAAGUUCCUGUCCAGUUGACCUCCUUAAAAAUUCUGUCAAUUCCAAGCAGCUUUCUCCCCUUUCUCCUCCUUUUCCAGAGGGAGGAGCACAAGGUGAAGUGGAAAGACCACCCAAGUGCUACGUUUGCACCCUACAUGAUGAGGAAACUAUGUAUUGAAAGUAUAUAUUAAUAAUUGUGCUUCAGGGAAAUGCUGUCUAUUCUUUCCACAUGCUUACCCUGGGUCUUUUUCCUCUUCCUCUUGUGGUUUUUAGUUCUCCAGAUUUG